AUGACGAUACUCGAGGAUCUACCGGAUGAGCUGCUACUCAAGAUCGCCGGGUCUACUCGGUGGAAUGAGGAUAGGCCUAUGAGUGGUGUUUGCAAUCUUGCUCUGGUCUCGCGCCGUUUCCGAAAUAUCGCUCAGGAAUCUCUUUACCGCUCACCGUAUAUCGCCGAUUCCUACAAAUACCGACAAUGCCGUGUUCUGCAGUUUCUCCGCACCAUUCUGGAUCGCCGGGAUCUCCUGGCAAAAGUCAAAGAAGUCUUCGUCGUUGUGAGACACCGCGAAGUCCCACUUCCGAAGGGUGCGGAUUUUAUGGCGGUCAAAGAGGAGUGCAUUUGUCUUCUAGGACUCAAAGCCGACAUUGAUUUCGAGGGGAUCAGACUAAAUUAUGAACCAGCAUUAGUCGGCUUGAUGCUCCAUAUCCUACCGCCCCUCGACGAGCUAGAGAUUUACAUCAAAACCAGGAAAGGCGUAGUCGAUCUUGACGUUGCCGGACUCUUAUUUGGGACUUAUCGUUUCAAAAGUCUUACUGCGGUCCGAGGCCUUUCCCGUCUGAGGAAACUUUCGCUUUGGAGUGGGCCCUUCCACGGGGACUGGCUACGGAUACCUUCCUUGCGCAAGGUUAAGCUUGGAAGCGGUUGUCGCCCGAUGAGCGGCACGUACCAGGGCAUCAACUCGACCGUAUCGGAAGUGGUUCUCCAUGUCAAUACACAGGUGCUCCUGCUGCCAUCUUCGUACACGCAACUUGGAGAGCUUUUGGAAGCGUUCAGCUGCCCUGAGACAUUGAGCUUAUCGGUUGACAAUGCCCCGAUGGCGUACGACGUUAACGGACACCCGCGUUCCCUUGAGAUACUUGGCACAUCUCCCGGGAUGUUCGGAGAUUGUCAAUUAUUGGUGGAUGCGCUAGGCAAGGUUUCCCACUCUCUACGACAACUUCAAGUGGUGGCCGAGCACGUGGAUUGGCGCGCAACGGAAUGGCUAGACCUGAUAGCUCCGGCAAGCUCGCUGACGCAUUUUCCACAGCUGAAAAAUCUCACGGUCCACCAGGAGUUUCUUCUGGACAGAUUUACAUGGACAGAGUUACCCUAUCUCUCUAUUUCCGAAAUCCUGCCUGGAAGCCUCGCGUACCUUGAUAUCAUCAAUCCGACCGCUUCUAUCAGGGGUUUUCUAGGCCAGGUUCCUCCAAUCGCGCCAUCCCAUUUCCCUUCCCUGAAGAACAUCCAGCUUUCGGCCGACGAUGACCGAGGGUGCUCGUUCCUCUGGUUUUGGAGGGACAAUCAUCCUGUCUGGAAGUCACUGGAAGAGAUCGGUAUCCUUGUUGCGGUUCGACAUGUGAGUCGGCUUCGCGAGAAACAGUAUUACGACCAGUUGAACUCCCAGGACGGCACGAACUACCAGCUGGAGGAUCCCGGCAAGGAGCUCAAGGACGACUUCCAAGAUAAGGCGGUCAUAGGAGUGGUGGACUUUCUGAACGCACUUUGA